AUGUCAGUUGAAACAGUUGAAAACGAAAAUGCUUCAGGGCUGAAGGAAGCUAUGAACGAAGCUUUUGCCCGUUUUGGCAUUACAAACUUUGAAUCGAAACUAGCUGCAACUGGUCUAGAUGGGAAGUCACCGAAGAAACUGAGAGAGCUGAAAAAACUUGCUGAAGUGUAUGGAGAAACUGUCUAUAAGCCCAUCAAAGCAAGUGGGACAAGGAUCAACUUGAAACUGGCUUCACGGAAACCAUCAAACACAACAUUAAUCCUGAAUUUGAUCAAAAGUUUAAGAUAUCUAUCGACAGAAAAAAACCGAUCGUUGGCGAGAAUAUUUCGACGACAAAGUGUGAAAUUUGAAAUAAAAUACAACAGAGGAUUUCUGAAAGGUGACAAGACGCUGGGUCAAGCUUCUUUUAAGUUAUCACCGUUUGAUAAUAGAUGUGAAAUUCACGAAUGUCUUAAUCUUACGGAUCCUGAGAAAGGUCGCAAGGUGAUUGGUGGAAAGAUUGAAGUCAAAUUACGUAUUCGUGAACCUCUGACAGAUAAAGAUGUUGAAAUCUUGAAGCAAAAAUGGUUGGUCAUAGAUGCAUUUGUAGUACCAACAAAUAGACCAAUCAGUGCUUCGUCAACAAGUAAGCUUAAAAAUCCAGAAAAUGGCAGAAAAGCAAAGAAUUCAAACCAAUCUAAAGUUUGUACGAUUGAAUAAAGAUGCUCUUUAAAAUUAAUAUAUUUCAAUAAUAUGAAAAAAGUGUAAAAAUCUUCUAAUUUAGACUUUUUAUAUUUUGAUAUUUAUUACGAUAUUUAUUUCGUGUCAUUUCAACAUUAACUCUCAUAAAUGAAAUUGUCGAAUAUUUAUCUGGAUUAUUUCCUCGUAACUAAUUUAAAAUCCACAACAUAAAUAACUCGUGAUUUUGUAAUAUGCUCUAAAGUAGUUAAGACAGUCUAAGGUCUAGUUCAAACGUCCAACUUUACAUGAACAGAACGUAUUUAAAACAAAAAAUAAUGAGGAAGUUCAUCUCAUUUUCUUUCGUCUUUAAGGCGUUUGGUUUAUGUAAAGUUCGACCUUUGAAACAGGCCUUAAGUUCAUCAUACUUUUAGUAAUAUUAUUCGUUUUAUAGAAUGUGAACCAUCGUUCGUUGUAUUAAAAGGAAUUUAUUGUCGCCUUGAUUAUAAAUUAAUUCACAGACAAUUUCAUUAAAAGUUGACAUUUACUUUAUUUAAAAAGUUGUAAAUAUCAUGCUUAAAUGUAUAAAUACACUUUCAGUGUUGAAA